AUGUGUAAAUUGUCGAUUUUUUUACCUUGUCAUGUACAAAAUGAAUACCCGUUAACUCAAUACUUCAUUGAGUUCACAACCGAACAAGACAUCGAUCUGCAGCGGAUUGAAGCAGAUUUUCAAAUGCUGUACAACUCGCAGCUGAUUCACGAGAAGUGUAAAAAUGUGAUCACCAACUAUCGCAAAAAAAAGUUUAGUCAAAACGCGCUAGUAAACUCGCAUACAAUCUCACUAAUGCCACAAGAAAUCAACAUUUCACGGCAAAGCAACAAACUUAUAGCAACAACAACACGUUCAUGGAUACAACUAGAUAUAGAGAGCAGUCACAUGUGCUUGUGUGCUUCUCCAUGCAAACAUGCUUUGAACAUGUCUACAUUGAAAUCAUUGUUGCCUCGUAAAACAUUGGCAGGCGACUAA